AGUUGGGUUAUAAGUCUUAUAUCACGUUUUUGACUUGUCAUUGUACUCUCAUUUCUGAGUUUGUACUAUAAACAUAAAGGCUAUCGGUGCGCUGUACAGUUUGCCAGUUUUGCAUUACGAGAAGAAAAUAUGGGUCUGUUCAAAAGAAACAAAGGAGAAGCAAUCGUAACAAAACCGGAGGAGGGAAAAGGGAAAGUCGAACUAAAGCGACAGAUAUCACUUCUACAUGGUGUGGCAAUCAUCGUUGGGAUUAUUAUAGGAUCGGGGAUAUUUGUUUCUCCAGUCGGAAUUCUAAAACGCGUUGAAUCGGUGGGUUUGUCCUUCGUAAUGUGGGUUGCAUGCGGGAUAUACAACACCCUAUGUGCUAUUUGUUAUGCAGAAUUAGGGACAACAUUUCCUCAAUCAGGGGGUGAAUAUGUCUACAUUAAAAGAGCCUUUGGAGAGACAGCAGGCUUUGUAUGUUUAUGGAUUAAUUUCCUUCUGAUAUGUCCAGUUGGAAUUGCAGCAUCUGCCCUGAUUUUUUCACUGUACAUCCUAAAACCGUUUUUUCCUGAUUGUGAUGGGGUACCAAUGACAGGCCUUGCUCUACUGGCAGCAGUCAUUAUCACCCUGCUGAUCCUAAUCAACAUGAGAAAUGUCAAAUGGGCAGCCAAAGUACAAGUGAUCAUUACAGCCAGUAAACUUAUUGCUCUUGCAAUCGUUAUCAUCAUCGGCUUCAUCUUUAUCGGCAAAGGUGAGGUUGAAAACUUCGAAGACCCAUUUACAGGCUCCGAUUACAGUGUUGGUGCCAUUGCUAUUUCUUUCUAUUCUGGAUUCUGGGCAUACAGCGGAUGGAGCUAUCUGAACUUCCUGGUUGAUGAGCUUGUAGAACCAAACAAAAAUUUGCCAAGAGCUAUUGUGAUUUCUAUGUCCAUUGUCAUAACAACAUACCUGGCUGCCAAUGUUGCGUACCUGGGUGUCCUCACCCCAGGACAGAUGAUCCAGUCUGAGGCUGUAGCUGUGACAUUUGCGGAGAACACAAUGGGCAUGAUGGCCUGGCUGAUGCCGGUACUUAUUGCUCUGUCUGUAUGCGGCACCAUGAACGGCUGUGCUUUGUCUAUGUCAAGGUUGUUCUUUGUUGGAGCCCAAAAUAAACAGAUGCCUGCCUUUAUGGGAAUGAUACAGUACAAAAAUAUGACACCUUCUCCUUCUCUUCUGGUCAUUCUUGUGAUGACCCUAAUCUAUACCUCCACCACCAACAUUUUCUACCUGAUAGAAAUGGAGGGCUUUGGCUUUGCCUCUGUGUUGACCCUUGUGUUUGGAGGACAAGUGUACCUGCGCUUCAAGGAGCCGGACAUUCCACGUCCCAUCAGGGUACCAAUUGUUCUGCCAAUUUUCCUCUGUCUAAUCAGUGGAUUCAUUGUAAUUCUGACAUUCUACCAGAAGCCUGCAGAGAGUUUUGUGGCCCUGUGCCUGGUUGCUGGAGGAACAAUCUCUUAUCUAGUACUGCCGUACCUGCCAAAACCGAUCACAGACAAAAUAGAUUCAUUCACAUGUAUAACUCAGAAACUGUUGAUGGUGCUGCCUCCAGACAAUCCAGAUGAGGUCAACUGGGAGUGAGCUGGUCGCCUGGAAUA